GGCAACCCAAAAUACACUCAACAACGGUUUUUAUCUCUCCUGCAAUCUUUGUGCCGCGCAAGCAUACUUUAAACCGUGUAAAUGAUAAAAAGCGCUAAUUAGAGAUAACGAUGGCUGCUAAUAGUUCGAAAAAGUGAUGUCAGUACUCCUAUUGCCGUGUUCGAUAUGUGUUAGUGGGUGUUUUAUCACAAGUUCAUCAACAGGUGUCCCGAUUAAACAGCCAUGGAAUCGACAGGAAACGAAACUCUGGACCGUAUCCAACAGGAAAUCCAGGAGACCCUCAAACGCGAAGAAGAAUUGCGCAAAAAAUACAACAUCUUUAACAACAAUGACCCCGAAGUGCGCGUAAACGGGCACCAAACCCCCAGUCCCGAGCCCCCACGCGCCCCGCUAACGAACGGCACGACGGCCCCUAAGCCAUCCGCGACCAGUAGCACCCGGCGCUUCGCCCCCAACACCUCCUCCAAGGGCGUGAUGCAGAAAUUCCUGAAAAUGCGUGGGAAGCUCAACAUGGUCAGCAUGCGACCGAAGAUGGAGCCCCAGACGGCGUGGACGUCCGACGAGGUCUUCGAACCGGCGAGAGUUACCAUAGAGGCGGGCAAGCCCAUCCGAAAUGGGUUCAUCCCAGCUGAGGAAAAAAUGAAAAGGGAGCUGCAGGAGUUCCAGAAGCGCGAAGAGGAGCUCAGGAAGGAGCGGAGGAAGUCCCAGCCGGAUUUAAUGGCAGCUCUGGAGAAGGAAGCAGUCGUGGAGACAAAUUUGAAGCCAGCGAGGUCCAUGUCAAUGAUGUAUAGCAGCGAAGACUUGACUGAAGAAACCAACUCAGCCCCUACUAGUCUGAAGCCGGCCAGGUCUCUAGCCGAGCUGUGCGAUGCCUCAGACGACGAGCUCGAAACUAGGGGCACACAUUCCUUGAUUAUGCAAUUCGAGAAUUUAAGGAGUCAGUCUUGAACUAUGUGAUAAAACCGUCCAUUAAAUUAUUUAUUGUACUACUAGCACUAUUAGGUGUUCCAAAACUAUAAAAACGCCAACGUUGCAUUUUUGCCGAAUCAUUUUUUUAAACAAGAUCGAUAAAGUUGUAAAAUAGUCAUUAAUCCUUAGAUCACUCAUUAAAGUAUAAAUUACAUUAGCUAUUAUUUUUUUGAAGUACAUGAAUGAUUUAUACCAGCUAAUUUUGAGAGAAAAUGCGACGUUGGCAGUUUUUACAGAUUGGAAACGGCUAAUAGAUUACAGAUUGCUGUAUAGUCACUUCAAUAGUUUUAGUACAAAUCUUGCCGUACUUAACUACAGCUUUGUCAGGGUUGUGCCAAUUGAGUAUUUAUUUUUUAUUAUUUAUUAUCGCCUGAAAUUUUCCUGUGAGAUAGGUCGCUUGUGUCAUUAAUUAUUGCAAUUAAAUUAUUUCUCACCA